AUGAUUUCGGUGGUGUGUGGUCUUCACAUACCUCCACCUGUGUGUGUGUCCAUCGUCCUUCUCCUUGGCUGUGUCUCCCCGGUUCUGGAGGAGGAGAUCUGGCGUCUGCAGGAGGAAAACGAGCGGAAGGAGGAAACCAUCGUGGAGCUGAGAGAGAGGGAGGAGAGGAUGAAAGGGAGGGAGGAGGAGCUGAGGAAACGAGAGGAGGAGGUGAAGGAACUGAAGAAGGAGCUGCAGGAACUCACAGAUGUCUCCGGGUGUCCCAACUGUGACUCUGUGUUUUCGUCUCUGGAGUCGGAGCAGAGAGAAACCUCCCGACUGAUGAAGGAGAACAAAGCUCUGGUCAACGGCAUCUUCCAGCUCCAGACAGAGGUACAGACACCUCACGCUGCUCGCCACUCACGCUGCUCGCCACUCACGCUGCUCGCCACUCACGCUGCUCGCCACUCACGCUGCUCGCCACUCACGCUGCUCGCCACUCACGCUGCUCGCCACUCAGACUGCUCGCCACUUACACUGCUCGCCACUCACGCUGCUCGCCACUCACGCUGCUCGCCACUCACGCUGCUCGCCACUCACACUGCUCGCCACUCAGACUGCUCGCCACUCAGACUGCUCGCCACUCAGACUGCUCGCCACUCAGACUGCUCGCCACUUACACUGCUCGCCACUUAG